AAAUGAGUACUUCUGCGUGUAAGGCGGCGCCACUGGGUUGUACCAUAGCAACUCAUCCCGAUGUCGUCGUGAAAGCUUUCAACACUGAAAUGAGCCAGUGAAGUGUAUCUAUCGGAUAGUGGCGUGAAAAUGGCGGUGUAAAAUGGCAGGACGUAGAUCGACGUUGACAAAUGCCGAUUCCCUAUCGGGAUCUGGAAACACAGAUCCUUUGAGGGAGCUUUUCGAAGCAUGCAAAACUGGAGACCUCGCGAGGGUAAAGGCGUUGGUUACACCGAAGACGGUCAAUGCUCGAGACACUGCCGGACGCAAGUCCACCCCCCUGCAUUUUGCAGCUGGUUACGGUAGAAGAGAUGUAGUAGAAUUUUUGUUAUCUGCUGGAGCAUCUAUUCAAGCAUGCGACGAUGGAGGUUUACAUCCUUUGCAUAAUGCUUGCUCUUUUGGACAUUCUGAUGUUGUAAGACUCCUUUUAGAAGCAGGAGCUAAUCCAAACACUAGGGACAAUUGGAAUUAUACUCCUUUACAUGAAGCUGCAAUAAAAGGUAAAAUAGAUGUGUGUAUUGCUCUGCUACAACAUGGAGCAGAUGCAAAUAUCAGAAAUACAGAAGGAAAAACUGCAUUAGAAUUAGCUGACCCUGCAACUAAACCAGUAUUAACAGGAGAAUAUAAAAAGGAUGAAUUAUUGGAGGCAGCAAGAUCAGGAAAUGAAGAACGUCUUUUACAACUUUUAAAUCCCUUAAAUGUUAAUUGCCAUGCAAGCGAUGGCAGAAGAUCGACCCCUUUGCAUUUAGCUGCUGGAUACAAUCGAUCUAGAGUGGUGCAAAUUUUGCUACAAAAUGGUGCAGAUGUGCAUGCAAAAGAUAAAGGAGGUCUUGUUCCACUUCACAAUGCCUGUUCGUAUGGUCACUUUGAAGUAACCGAAGCACUUCUUAAACAUGGUGCAGCAGUGAAUGCUAGUGAUUUGUGGGCAUUUACUCCGUUACAUGAAGCUGCUAGUAAAUCUAGAGCCGAGGUGUGCUCGUUACUUUUAAGCGAAGGUGCAGAUCCAACUCAAUUAAACUGCCACAGUAAAAGCGCCAUCGACGUAGCUCCUACAUUGGAAUUACAAGAAAGAUUGGCAUACGAAUACAAGGGACACUGCCUCUUGGAUGCCUGCAGGCAGGCAGAUCUCACUAAAUUAAAAAAGUAUCUGUCCCAAGAAGUUGUAAAUUUUAAACACCCAUAUACUGGGGACACACCACUGCACUGUGCCGUUGCAUCUCCUUAUCCCAAGAGAAAACAAGUAAUAGAAUCAUUGAUUAGGAAAAAUGCUGCCUUAAAUGAGAAAAAUAAAGAUUUUCUUACACCUCUUCAUGUCUCUACUGAUCAUUCUCACUAUGAUGCAAUGGAUGUGCUACUUAGACAUAAUGCAAAAGUCAAUGCUUUAGAUGGAUUAGGGCAAACUGCACUACACAGGUGUGUUAGAGAAGACAAUGUGCAAGCUUGCAGAAUAUUGUUAUCAUACAAUGUUGAUCCAUCUAUAGUAUCGCUUCAGGGCUAUACUGCAGCACAAGUAGCUGCAGAAAAUGUCCUUAAAAUAUUGCAAGAUCCACCAAGUGGGACGGAUGACGCGGAAGAACAGUUACUGGAAGCAAGUAAGUCUGGUGAUUUAGCAGCGGUUGAAAGAAUAUUACAGACAAAUCCACACGCUGUAAAUUGUCGUGACUUGGAUGGUCGGCACUCCACACCGCUGCAUUUCGCAGCGGGAUUUAAUAGAGUGCCUGUGGUGGAAUAUUUAUUGGCACAUGGAGCAGAUGUACACGCCAAAGAUAAAGGUGGACUUGUCCCCCUACAUAAUGCCUGCUCUUAUGGUCAUUACGAGGUAACGGAAUUGUUAGUAAAACAUGGUGCAUCAGUGAAUGUCGCGGAUUUAUGGAAAUUUACCCCACUACACGAAGCUGCUGCUAAAGGAAAAUAUGAAAUAGUUCGUUUACUAUUAAGACAUGGUGCAGAUGCUACAAAGAAGAACAGAGAUGGAGCAACUCCACUGGAUCUAGUAAGAGAUGGCGAUCAAGAUGUAGCUGACUUGUUACGAGGGAACAGUGCACUUUUAGAUGCGGCGAAGAAAGGAAAUUUGGCAAGAGUACAGCGACUCGUUACACAGGACAAUAUUAACUGUAGGGAUGCUCAAGGUCGGAAUAGCACUCCGUUACAUUUAGCUGCGGGAUACAAUAAUUUGGAGGUAGCUGAAUUUUUGCUUGAACGUGGGGCAGAUGUAAAUGCUCAAGACAAAGGAGGAUUAAUACCUUUGCACAACGCUUCGAGUUACGGUCAUUUAGAUAUUGCUGCAUUACUCAUUAAAUAUAAUACUGUAGUAAAUGCAACUGAUAAAUGGGGCUUUACACCACUUCACGAGGCAGCACAAAAAGGGCGAACGCAGUUGUGCGCUCUUUUAUUGGCACAUGGUGCGGAUCCGUUUUCAAAAAAUCAAGAGGGACAAACUCCCUUGGAUCUAGCCAGCGCUGAUGAUGUAAGAUGCUUAUUACAAGAUGCUAUGGCUUCGCAGCAAGUAGUACCAUCGAUACCAUCCGGUAACAGUGGCGUUGGAGUUGCCAUUAAUUUGAAUAGUAAUGGUAAUAAUACUAUUAACAGUAGACCGCCCAGUAUUGUUGCAGUUCCAGUUACACCUUCUCCACCACUCACCCAAGAAACCGUCAUUAUGCCUUCUGGUACAGCUAUGACUUUAUGCGUUCCACUUGCGCGACCAUCUUCUUGUCUGAGUCCAAUGCCACCAUCAGAAACGUGCUCCGAAAGGGAUUCUAAAGAUUCUAAAGACAAUUCGAUCAUCACAACUGUGGCUGGGUUUCUUCAAAGUCUUGGUUUAGAACAUUUAUUAGAAUUGUUCGAACGCGAACAGAUUACGUUAGAUAUUUUAGCAGAAAUGGGUCACGAAGACUUGAAGCAAGUUGGGGUGUCUGCGUACGGUUAUAGACACAAACUAAUUAAAGGAAUGGAGAAACUUUUAAACACGACCGCUGGUACUCCUUGGCAGCCAACUAUUACACCUGGAACAUUGUUGGUGGAUUUGUUAGCGGAAGAUAAAGAAUUCUUAGCUGUUGAAGAAGAAAUGCAAAGUACCAUUAGGCAGCAUAGAGAUAAUGGUCAUUCUGGGGGUAUAUUUUCUCGGUAUAAUAUAGUUAGGAUACAAAAGGUACAGAACCGUAAAUUAUGGGAACGUUAUGCGCAUAGAAGGCAAGAAGUUGCCGAAGAAGUUGGUGCAGCAGCACCUUCCUCUCCGAGUACUGGAUCCAGAACUACCCCUGGCUCAAGUUUACCGCAAGCAAACGAGAGAAUGUUAUUCCAUGGUAGUCCAUUUAUUAAUGCUAUUGUUCAGAAAGGUUUCGACGAACGACACGCGUAUAUUGGUGGUAUGUUCGGCGCUGGAAUUUAUUUUGCGGAACAUAGUAGUAAAAGUAACCAAUAUGUAUACGGCAUUUGUGGAGGUACUGGAUGCCCAGCUCAUAAAGACAGAAGCUGUUAUAUCUGCCACAGACAUCUGUUACUUUGCCGUGUUACAUUGGGAAAGUCAUUUUUACAAUUUUCCGCAAUGAAAAUGGCUCAUGCACCACCAGGACAUCAUAGCGUGAUGGGUAGACCGUCGCAAGGUGGUUUAGCAUUUCCUGAAUAUGUUGUUUACAGAGGCGAACAAGCAUAUCCAGAAUAUCUUAUUACAUACCAAAUUGCAAGACCUCAGCAAGAAAGUGGAGAAAAUGAGAGUGUCGAGGAACGGUGAUCAGAAGAGUCUAGCCCAGCGGCAAGAUUGCGAAGUCUUUGUUGCUGCCAGAGACCUAGAACUUGUAACACUCUAUCUUAAAUCUAGUUGGAACAAAUCUGAUUUCCUUUGGAAUCAAUUCUUCCAUUUUUUAUCUUCUUUAGCCGAAAAAGUAGGAAGGUCAUUUGAGUGAAUGUACGAUGCUGGUGAUUUGUAAGUGAAAUUUCUCGAUGUAUUUAUCGAAUUUAUUCAUUGAAAGGAGACAAUUAAUAGGACAUUUAAUUUUUAGCAUUUAUUUUGUGAUAAUAUACCGGUCUUAUUCGACCAUGCAAUCGUAUACAUGCCUGGUUAUUGAUGUAUAUUGACUGCAGUGUAUAUAUCAGUAUGAAUUAGAAUAUAUGGAAGACCAGCAUGAUUUUUUAUGUUAAUUAUUUAUGUGUAAUACGGAAUAUCUUUCAAAAAGAAAAGAAAAAAAAAUAAUUAUAUGCUUUUGAGAUGAAGAUAUAAUAUUUCUACGUCCGCGUCAAUUUUAAAAUAAACAAUUAUGCUGGUUAAAACAACUAUUUCAACUAAGUACGUUAUAGGUAAAGUCCGGGGGUAAACAUUUAAUUUGUAAAUAAAUAGAAAUAGAAAUCUUUAUAAUGUAAAUCACGAGCACAAUUCACACAAUUAAAUCAUUAGAGAAGAUUUAUAAAGGAUCAUAUUUUCUUAACAUUCGGAUGAACUAACUGAAUCAACUGUGAUUCCGUUUACGAUAGAUUACACGAAAUCAUUGAUACAACGAAAAGUAUUAUAUUUAGUAUCCAUAUCGUUCGCACAGAAUCUCGGUUUCAUCGCAUAGGAGAAAUUUAUAAACGUUCGCUUUUAAUUAUAUCGGACAUUACCUAUAACAUAUAUGUAUAUACAUAUGCGAGUAUUUUAUAUAUUCGGUUGAUAUUACAGACAGAAUAAAUUGAUUCGUAUUGUCGACAUUAUCAACAGGGUUCCUAUAAGCUCGUAGUAAUUUUGAAUAUUGUACAUAAAUAUACAUUGUAUUGUACGUAAAUUUUCCUUUUCAACGAAAACACGCCAAUUACUCAUUCAGGUUUCUUACUUUUAUGUGAGGUAUAGUUUCAUUUCUCUCAGGUGAUAAGCGUGUGUUGCACUUUUCAUUCAAUUUUAAUUUAAAACAAAAAAAAAAACAAAAAAAGACAAAAGAACGUACUUGCAUUUGUUACAAUACACAUCGAAAUCAUUUUUCUUUUCUUUUUUCCUCUUGUGCGUCUAUAGUAAUAAUAUUAACAUUCAAAUAAUAAGAGAACAAUGAGAUAUUUUAAUGUUAAACAAAUUUGUAUUUUAUUCCUCGAACAAUGGACGCGAUAUUGUGUAAAUAGAAAAAUAUUCUUAACGUCAUUAUUUAUUGGAAUCACUAAAGUGAUCUCUUCAAAUAAUGGGAGUAAUCUCUUGCUUCAAUUAAUUUGCGACAUUGUUGUAAAAAAUUGUUGUUGGAAAACUAAAAGAAGAAACGUUCGAUUACGUGAUUGUACGAGUGUCAAGUACAAGAAAAGAAAUUCUUUCUCUAUUCAUGAAAUCUUGACACACACUCCUAAUUAUUAUUUAGGUGACGGUUUUAUUUAUGGGUGUAUAGAUGAAAUAUUGUGUUCGUUUAAUAAGUGCUCAAGACGAUGCAACAAAUCUAUAAUUUGUUAAUUCUGCGUUCUUACAUAAAGAUACAAAAUAACUGAGUAUUGUAAACUAAAUACAAAAAUUUCUGUCCCUGUAUUUACUGUAUUCAGCAGUCGAUGAGCGUAUUCCAAUUUAGUAUGCUUUGACUGUAAGAAGAUAGACUGAUUAGAAGAAAAAAAAAUCGUUUUACCGUUACGUCCAAUUUAUAUUUCUUUACCGUUUCUUUGCCUAACGACUGAAUGAAAAACAAAAAUAUUUAUUUAAGUAAACGAAGACAACAUAAAAAAAAAAA